AUGAAGAACAGAAACCCGUCCUGGGGAUCCGUCAGGUCCAAGCUGACACAGGAAGGCUAUAUGUACCGGAUGAAGCUCGGAAAUCCGACACCAACCGCCAGUAACCAGCCUGCGCACCGUCGCCAUUCGUCGUCGACCUCAUCGUCGUCAGCCAAUGCACAGCCUUCCACGCCGGCGGAAUCUGUUCCUUCCAGGUCUGCUGCAGACAGGGCGAUCGCGGAUGGAGGAACCGCCGCGUUCCACACUAUCGUCGAACUCCUGGAGCACUGGAAUCUUGGUGACAACUUCAGGAAUGACCACGGGCUAGAUCCAAAUGCCACGUUUGAGUUCUUAUUCCAAUGUUAUGCACCUUUUACGAUACACCGUCGCCACAGAACUAUCCUCUUUGAACCAGGAGACUUCCUUGACGGGGUCAUGCUUCAUGACAAUAUGGUCGCAAAUGCUGUCCUGGUAUGGGCGGCCGAUAUGCGGGAGCGAUUCGAGGCAGGAAAUCAGAAUGCGAGGGAGAUGCUCUUGUCCCAGCGGAACGAUGUCAUCCGAGAGCUCCGGAAUAGGAUCUCUUCUUCAGAGACCUGUGCCUCAGAUGCUGUUAUGAUGACGAUUCUUUUGCUGGUUGGAACUGAGCUUCUGCACGACAAUAUCGAUGCAAUGGGAACUCACCUUGGGGCCUUACGGCACAUCAUUCAACUCAGGGGUGGCAUUGACUCCCCAUCAUUGAGCAAGUGGGUGAAGAUUCCGCUUCUCCAGUUCGAAAAUUUCUUGAACUACCGACAUUUCGACCAUGUCAAGAGCUCCAGCUUUGAGAGUGUAUCGCCGAUGGUCGGGGACGCUCGCCACCAAUCUCUGCCAGCAUCCCCUGCUCGACUCGCGCCGUCGCCUCCUGGAUUCGCGGAGCUGUUUGCCUGCAUUCCUGUGAAUGUACAGGUCAUGAAUCUCGUGGAAAGAAUAACCCAAUGGGCUCUGCAGAUUGCCGAGCUUCCCGAGAUAGGAGUAGACGGGGACAAGAGUGCAGCAACCGUGCAUGCCAUGACAUUGGAUGCAUUUCGGGCAUUCGACCUGCUCCAACAGGAGCAGCUCGAAGAGACGGAACGCUUGUUGGUCCUUGGCCUGUUUUCCUUUUGCAUCUUCAUGAAUGGUGAGGCAAUCUACUCAGUGAUGGAAUGGGUUCAACGACUUCACUGCAUGGCCCUUGUUGGCAAGCCUAUCGCCCCAAUCACGAAUGAGCGUCGGGCGAGCAUGAUCUGGGUUGCUGCCAUGUUGAUGGCAACGGGUGGAGAUGGCUCUCCAACGUGGCAUCUGGGAAGGCGAAUCAAUAGCGUAUGCAGUGGUGCAGAUACUGGCUUACAGGUCAUUCUCCAAACAAGCCAGAGAUAUUUUUGGGAUCAAGAUCUGACCACGAGACUGACUCGCGGCACGGCUAGAAGCAUGCAAGGCAAUUUCUUCGGAGAUGUGGUAUGA